AUGCGCAGUCCCAUUCCAGGUCUGGGCAGGGUGAUGGUGCUCCUCACGGCAGCCCUGGCAUCAGCCUCCCUCGCCGUCUCUGAGGGCUGGGAAGAGGAAGGUGUGCAGUACGGACAGGUGGGGACAGACGUGACCUUGUCAUGCACCGGUGCCCGUGACGGCUCACCGGUGCAAUGGAGACGGGCAGGAGCUGCAGCACUGCCAGAGGGCUCAGCCAUCUGUGAUGGAGCCCUGGUGCUGCCGCACACCAGCUUGGCCACCGCGGGUACCUACAGCUGCCAUGGCGAGGAUGGUAGCCUGCUGCACACCAUGUCUCUGCAGCUGGGGCACCUUCCAGGAGUCCCCUUUGUGUCCUGCAGAGCAUCUGACUAUGAGAAUUUCUCCUGCUCCUGGACCUCCAGUGUGGAGACCUUCCUUCCCACCAGAUACAUCACCACCUACAGGAAGAAAUCGCUAUCGGGCGAAGAGAAACGGAGGAACAAGAACGGGCACGGUGGGCCAUGCCUGCAGAACCCGUCCCGCCCCGGGACCUGCACUGUCCAUGGGUCGGAGUUCUGGAGCUCCUACCGCCUGAACAUCACUGAGGUGAACCCACUGGGGUCCAGCUACCGCCUCCUUGACAUCACUAUGCAGGCCAUCAUUAAGCCAGACCCUCCAGAGGGCUUGGUGGUGGAGCCCAUCCCCCUGGCCCCGCGGCGGCUCCACGUGAGCUGGAAGUACCCCUCCUCCUGGCCCAAGGAACCCCACUUCCAGCUCAGGUUUCGGCUCCAGUACCGGCCCGUCAUCCACCGCUCUUGGUCCGUGGUGGAGACAGUGAACCUCUCUGAGGUGAUCACGGACGCCUUCACCGGCCUGGAGCACGUGGUCCAAGUCAGCGCCAAGGAUUUCCUGGAUGCGGGGAACUGGAGCGAGUGGAGUGCCGAGGUCCGGGCAACACCCGUCAGAGACCCAGCCACCACCAUGCGUGAUGAAACCACUACAUUCGCUGCCCUGGAGAGCCUGGCUGAGGAGCCCUCCCAGGCUGCCAACCCUGAGCCCAUCAACCGCAGCGACCCCCUGGAGAAGACGGCUGUCCUGGUGUCCCUCGGGAUCUUUGCCUUCUUCGUCCUGGCUGCUGUUCUCGUCAUCACUGUCCUCAUCUGGCUCCGGGUGAGGAAGCACGUCAAGGACGAGACCAAACCCCACAACUUCUUGGUUGCUGCCACCCACUUGAAGGUGCUGCCGACAGAGGCCCAGAUCCUGUAG